UGUGUACAUCUGUCUACACAAGAUAAUUUCUGUGGGUGCAACCUGCAAACACUACUUUCAGUUCUGUUUUCCUAUUACAAUGUUAUCUCCGGGGCUAGUCCACAGUCUGCAACAAGGCGAUUUUUCUGUUAACUCCCUUGGAGAAACACAGCUCAUGGUCUAAUCAAGGCUGAACUCCAGGCAGGUAAUGAGUGAAUCAUCAGAGAGCAAACAAUGAGCAUUGAAAAAACAAAUUAGGAGAAAUGUGUGCCUAGAGGUUAAGAAGGGAAAUAAGUCUUGCCCGUCAUUAUAAAGAGAGGGUCAAAGAGAGAUGUGGGAGAAGCCUUAGUUCACACAGUAGACUCUUACCACAGACCCAGACUUUUGUGUGUUGGCACAUUCGAAAGGACUGAUAGUGUUCCUGCUCUUAGGCCAAUCAGAUCACCCAGUGGGAAUUCCCCUGCUUGCACUGUCAAGGCUGAGCAGUGAAGUGGAAACGAAACAGCAGCGUGAGAGGAAGCUGGGAAAAGAAGGAUCAGCAAGAGAGAGACAAAACACGGCAUAUGCAGGCACCAGAGCUGAAGGUGGCGUUUCUGGGAAUUUUUUCAGCACAGAGGUGAGUUUUCAGGCAAUAUAAUGACUACACACACCUGGCGAGUGUUGGCCGUCUACAUGAUCUUAGCUGCAAACCUCUCCGAACAGCAAGCGCUGAAGCAGGCUUGUCCUUCAUGCGGUACCAGUCAGCUUUGCAACUGCUCUUCCAUGGGCUUGGACUUCGUUCCCCUGGGACUCACGGCCAAAAUCACAGUAUUAGACCUGGCCCACAACAGGAUAAAGCACAUCCGAUCCCAGGACCUGCAGCAGGCUGUGAACCUGAGAGUCCUGCAGCUGCAGUCCAACAAAAUCAGCUCCAUAGAUGAGGACUCGUUUCAGUCCCUGGCAAAACUGGAGCUCUUGGACUUAUCAAAUAACAGCUUGGCUCACGUGUCCCCUGUGUGGUUUGGGCACCUUUUUUCACUCCAGCACCUCCACCUGCAAGGCAAUUCCUACAGAGACCUGGGGGAGAGCUCCCCUUUUUCUAGCCUGAGGAACCUGAGCUCUCUCCACCUGGGCAACCCGUGGUUCUCUGUGAUAAGGCAAGGGAACUUUGAGGGCAUUGAGCUUCUGCACAAGUUGUGGAUUGAUGGUAGCAAUCUCAGUCAGUACGAGCAAGGAAGUUUGAAAUCAAUUAAGACGAUAAAUCACAUGAUCAUAAACCUAAGAAGUAUUAAUGUAUUCUCAGACAUUGUUAGGGAUCUUCUGCACUCUGUCGCUUGGCUGGAAGUCAGAAGAAUAGCAUUCAGUAUCUCUGCAGAAAUGCAACUAUUGAGAGUCAUGUCUUCAUCCUUUGCAAAGAAAAUUUCUUUUAGACAGACCUUAUUAACAGAUGCUACUGUGCCUGAGCUUGUCACCAUUUUAGAAGACAUGCCAAAACUAGUAGAACUGGAGCUGGUAGACUGUAGACUCUUGGGAACUGGACAAUGGAAAAUACAAAUUCAAGCAAAGCAAUCACAGACCCUUAGAGUUUUCACAAUAGAGAAAUUAUCUAUAGAAGAAUUUUACUUGUUUACAGAUCUUCAGGCUGUGGAAGGUCUAAUAUCUCUUUUUAGGAGAGUCACAGUUCAAAACACCAAGGUCUUUUUGGUACCAUGCAGAAUUUCCCAAUGUCUUCUGUCAUUAGAAUAUCUUGACCUUAGUGCAAAUCUGCUUGGAGACCAGAGUUUAGAACAUUCAGCUUGUCAGGGUGGUUGGCCAUCCCUACAAACUCUAAAUUUAAGUCGGAAUUCACUGAGUGACUUAGAAAUGACAAGUAAAAGCUUGUCUCAUCUAGGAAACCUAAUUGUUUUAGACAUUAGCCAAAAUAAUUUUGGUGAGAUUCCAGAUGUGUGUGAAUGGCCCAAAACCCUGAAGUAUUUAAACCUCUCCAGCACUCAAAUUCCUAAAGUAACAGCCUGCAUUCCUCGAUCGCUGGAAGUUUUGGAUGUUAGUGCAAACAACCUGAAGGAGUUUGGACUGCAGCUCCCAUCUCUGAAAGAGCUGUACCUCACAAAAAACCAGCUGAAGGCCCUGCCUGGUGCCGCACCCAUUCCAAACUUAGUGGCCUUGUCUGUCAGAAGAAACAAGCUGAACAGUUUCUCCAAAGAGGAGUUUGAGUCCUUCAAGAGAAUGGAGCUGCUGGAUGCCAGUGACAACAACUUCAUCUGCUCCUGUGAGUUCCUCUCCUUCAUCCACCACGAGGCCAGGAUAGCCCAGGUGCUGGUGGGGUGGCCAGACGAGUACGUGUGUGACUCUCCGCUGGCGGUGAGAGGGGCGCAGGUUGGCGCCGUGCGCCUGUCUCUGAUGGAGUGCCACAGGGCCCUGGUGGUGUCGUUGAUCUGCGUCCUGGUGUUCCUGGUCAUCCUGCUGCUGGUGGCCGUCGGCUACAAGUACCACGUGGUCUGGUACAUGCGGAUGACGUGGGCAUGGCUGCAAGCCAAGCGGAAGCCCAAGCGAGCCCCGCCCAAGGACGUCUGCUACGACGCUUUUGUCUCCUACAGCGAGAACGACUCUGACUGGGUGGAGAACACCAUGGUGCAGGAGCUGGAGCAGGCCUGCCCUCCCUUUCGGCUCUGCCUGCACAAGCGGGACUUUGUGCCCGGGAAGUGGAUUGUGGACAACAUCAUCGACUCCAUUGAGAAGAGCCGCAAAACGCUCUUUGUGCUGUCCGAGCACUUUGUGCAGAGCGAGUGGUGCAAAUACGAGCUGGACUUCUCGCAUUUCCGCCUCUUUGAUGAGAACAACGACGCGGCAAUUCUCAUCCUCCUGGAGCCCAUCCAGAGCAAAGCCAUUCCCAAGAGGUUCUGCAAGCUGCGGAAGAUCAUGAACACAAAGACCUACCUGGAGUGGCCUGCUGGUGAAGAGCAGCAGGAGAUGUUUUGGUUUAAUUUGAAAAUAGCUCUAAGAUCUUAGGCAGGGAUGUUAAAGAAUAAAUAUGUAGUGAAUGUACUCUGGA